GAUUACGAAAAGAGCCAUCUCAACUCAAAGAUUUUGUUUGUUUGUCAACAACUAGUGCUAGUGAUGAUCAUACUGCAGAUAUUGUAGAAACAAAAAAAAAAUAUUGGAAAAAAAAAGCUUAUUAUAGUGUAUUAGAUACAAUGAUAAAUAUUUUAAAAACAAGAUUUUCUGAAGAAAGCCUUCAAGUAGCCUCAUCAGUAGAUAAUUUACUAAAAUUGAAAUUUGAAAGUUCUUCAUUUUUAAUUGAUCAUUACAAGGAUUUAUUUGGAAUUUGUAAUCAGUCACUGAUGUCUGAAAUGUCUGUUUUAAAAAACAUUCUGGGUGAAAACUCUAGUUUAGAGGAAAUAAAACAACAUUUGAUAUUAUAUGAUGGUAAAGUAUUUCCAAAUUUUUGUAAGAUGUUUCAAGUAGCUAUUACUCUUCCCGUAAGUACAGCGAUCUGUGAGAGAUCAUUUUCUACUAUGCGGCGUAUUAAAACAUGGUUGCGUACUUGUAUGAAUCAAGAUAGGUUCAGCAAUUUAAGUAUUAUGAAUAUAGAAAAAGACAUUCCUAUCAAUAAUGAAGACAUAUUAACUAUUUUUGAAAAAACCGAGAGACGGAUACAAUUACAUUAAAUAUCUAUUUGAUGAUAUUUAAUGUUAUA